UUGAAGCCCAGAGCAGUAUUCGGCGAACAUACGCACCAUGGAUGUUUACUACACCAUUCAUAUGAAUAUUUGGACAAUAAAGAUUUUUGGGAAUAUUCCGUGCCAUCCUUUUCAUGGAGAAACAGACCAGAUCCAAAAUAUAUGUUGGUAUCUAUAUCACCUGAUAACUAUGCUACUAAUAAGUGUGGUUUGCCCAAGAAAAGUACAAUAGCGUUAACAGCUAUCAUAAUCAUAUUUUGUUUAAUUAUUGCGGUCUCCAUGAAGAGGACAAUUGGAAGAGGAUUUAUGAUGAUUAAUUUAAAAGCAAGAAUUCAUUCUCAUGAUUAUAUUUUACAAUAA